UGGGCAGAGGAAGUGUGUGCUCGCCGGUGCAUUUCCGAGGGCUGGGGCUCUUUCCCCGCCAGUCCGCCCUCGCUGCGCUCCAAGCCCGUAGUCGCAUUCAUUUCCACCCUCACCGCUGCCACCGUUGCUCUCGAGGCGGAGACAUAUCCUCCGAGUUGCCAGGCAGCUUCUGUUGGGUCAGCAGCGUGAAGGGAUAGACCCUGCGUGGCCCCGGCGCCUCCCGGGCCGUUGUACUCCCGCCCGGCUCGCCGGCCGAGCUCCUGCCCGACACCCCCGGCUGGUCCGGGGGGCCGGGCACCACCUCCACGGCGGCUUUGCUGGACCUGCGGCCUGGGCCUCAGUCCGCACCCCAAGCGGACGGCGUCAUGAAGCAUCUGCCGUAUUUCUGCCGCGGCCAAGUGGUGAGGGGCUUUGGCCGUGGCUCCAAGCAACUGGGCAUCCCCACAGCUAACUUUCCUGAACAAGUAGUAGACAGUCUUCCAGCUGACAUAUCCACUGGCAUUUAUUAUGGAUGGGCCAGUGUUGGAAGUGGAGAUGUCCAUAAGAUGGUGGUGAGCAUAGGAUGGAACCCAUACUACAAAAACACAAAAAAGUCCAUGGAAACUCAUAUCAUGCAUACCUUCAAAGAGGACUUUUAUGGGGAAAUCCUCAGUGUCGCCAUUGUUGGCUACCUCAGACCAGAAAAGAACUUCGAUUCUUUAGAAUCACUUAUUUCAGCAAUUCAUGGUGAUAUUGAGGAAGCUAAGAAACGGCUGGAUUUACCAGAACAUUUGAAACUCAAAGAAGACAAUUUCUUCCAGGUUCCUAAAAGCAAAAUAAUGAAUGGCCACUGAGGAAAAGUCAUCUUCCUACUCAUUCAUUGUUUUCCGGUGUUUUACUGCUCAUAACUGUGCAGUCUCAUCUUGGUUAAAAACCAAACAUUUUCCUACAUCUGUGAAUCAGUUCAAAUAGUACAAUGUAAUUAUCAUUAUGGUCUAAGUGUUCAAUUAAACCCAUCAUGUUAUAGUACUAAAAAGAUUCAUUUUAAAAAUCAAGAUUCUUUUUAUGUAAUGUGUUGAUUAAAAUUACCACUAGAAAGGUCUUAAGUGUCUUAUAAGGAAAAUGAGAUAUAUAUAGCUAUGGGUAAAGAGGCAAGUGAAUAGUUUGACAUGAAUACUAAUUCUCAUGGUAAAAUACUAGCAUGUAUGUACUUGUAUAACGUGCUGCUACACAGAGACGGCUUAUGAAAGUAAAUGUGAUAAACAGAGAUUUGAUGGUUUAUUAUAAACCUAAGGGGGGAAAUCAUACUUUGUAAUUUCGAUAUUUUGUGCAUUAAAAUAUUACUACAAACAUGAAGACUUGUAAAAUCUUAAUGAGUCAUUUUCUUUAUGAGGUCCAAUUGUGUGUGUGGUGUUUUUUUUUUUUACAGCUGUCUUAGUUCUAAUUGGUCUAAACUCCUUCUGCCAAUCAGUUUUUUCUUUUGGUUUAUCUUUUAAAACAUCAAAAUAAGUGUUUUUCGAAUUUGUAGUUUAUUUUUGUGUUAUAUAGCACUUUUUUUAAGAGGAGACACUCCUCACCAUUUUUCUUGAUUUUCUUUUUUUCCUUUAGGUAAUUGCCAUGUCAACUUUUUUUCACUCAGAAUAUCCUAGGACUUACAAGGAUUGCAUCUAUCUCUACCAUUCUAUCCCUUCACUAUACAAAAAGACCCUGAAAGCUUCAUCUUUAGUUUCUACAAAGCUUAAAUGAACAUGUAGCAGUUCACUUUUCUAUACCAGGUUCUUAAAGAAUAAAAAAUACUUGUUCCUCCCACCCCAGGGAAAGUGUUUUAAGGGCCCAUUAAACUAUGGAAUAGAAAUAAAGUUUUAGCUAAUCCUCACGUUAUGCAUUUUUUCUUCUUAACAGCUAAGAAGUGGUUUUUGGCCACUGGAGACUUGUUUAUAUUGGCAGGAAGUUGACAUCUUUGGAUACUUAGGAAAUUAAGAUUAUAGGUUCUUUUGGCCCCUGAAGCAGUACAUUGUAUUAUUUACUUUGGCGCCAGAUUUGGUUGGGGGAUAGAGACAGGUGUAUAAAAGGUAAUUUUUUUUGUCAGUCUGUUCCAUGUAUCCAUGUCUCUUUCCUUUUUUUUUAUUGUAUUUUUCUCCAUUACCAUUUAGUCCCUUAUGCCCCCUCCCCCACUGCAGUCCCCACACUGUGUCCGUGUCCAUGAAUCCUUUUUCCUGUUUGCUCAACCCUUCUACCUCCUAACCUCCCCUCCCACACUAUCAGUCAUCUGCUCUCCAUCUAGGAGUCUGUCUCUGUUUGCUGGUUAGUUCAGUGUGUUCAUUAGAUUUCACAUAUGCGUGAAUCAUAGGGUGUUUGUCUUUCUCCAACUGGCUUAUUUCACUUAGCAUAAUGUUCUCCAGUCCAUCCAUUACAGAUGCAAAGGGUAAUUAAUAGAAGACAGUUAUAAAGAUAAUGUAUUAUAAGUAACUUUCACUUACCUGCACAGAGCACUAAUUUUAACCAAAACAUAAGGUAUUUAGGAUAACAUAAAGUUGAUGUUGGGGAAAGGGAAACAUGGAUACAUUCAGUGGGAUUGUUUCACUUUUUGAUGUAUGAAUUUGUGGCAAAUAACAUAGUGUGUCUUCAUUUCUUCUCUAUGAAGAUACCUACGAAAUGUAAUUUAAUGUUAGAAAUCCUAAACUUGAAGGAAGCCUCAGUUACCAGUGGCUUUGUGAAGCAAAGGUAAAACACGUGCUUGUUUGGAUAGAUUGCUGCUAGUUAUGUCCUCAGUAAGUGUGUGAAAGUUUUAAUAUUUUGUUGCCUUAUAUUUUGUGAAAUUGCCAUCACUUUUGAAAAUCAUAUAGUGUGUAUGUUAGCAGUUAGGUAAUACCACCUAAUGUUCUUUUUUUAGUUUUGGUUUAAAUACUGAUGUAUCAUGAGAAAUUGUAGUAGUACUAUUUUUGAUUGGUUUGAAUGAUUUCAGGCUUUGAAAUAAAUCUUGACUAACUGAUGUCA